GUCGUUGUGGUUAUUGAGGUCAGCUCGGCAGUAUGUGCGGGGAUUACAAAGCCGAGGAAUGUGCGUUGGAACCUGAGCUGUGAAUGCGUGGACCACGCACAUGCGUGGCUCAUAUGCUUGGAGCUAUGCGGGCUCCGCCGCCGAUGCGUUCAGGUUGUUGGUUCACGUGAAGGGAUCGAUGCGAACCUCUCCAGACUCGGCUCCGCGUCCGGUCCAUACGUUGGUACGAACGCGCAGAAUGUGGACUGGGCUGGAACGCGUCAGCGGUUCUGAUCCAUUCAGCGUCGACGCUUUGGUGUCGGCGGUGGUUACCGUGGUUCUAAAUCAUCUGCAUGGUUACAUAAGAACAGAGCCUGGAAGUUCGUGGGCUGAGCAGUGAAUCGAGGCACAGUCCGUAUGAAUGAUGAUGGGUUCGAAGACACGAUGACGACGUUACGCGCAGGGAGGAUGCGGCGGAGCUCGUGGGUCUGAGAAGCGCAGCAGUUUCUGGACGCGGUCUUUGUUGCACCGCAUCGCGUUGGACAGCGUGGUGCUGCGGGCUGCUCUGUAGCUGUGAAUGGAGAUCAGCAGCUAUUACCCCGAGUCCAUCCAACUGCCAGAUGCUGCUUUUACAUAACGUCCAACACAUGUUUCUGUGUUGAUGCUGUAGGUGAAGUUGAACAAACUCACCAAAUGAUUAUAGGCCCAUCAUCGUUACAUUUAAUUUGGAUCGAGUCAAAAACAGCUGGAUUCAUCUUAAAGGGACGGUUUGGGCUUUUUUGCAGCUGCUUCCUGUCAUGACUCUACACCCAGACUGAGUUAGUCUGUAAUACCUUGGUGUUGCUGUUGAUCAGCUGGUCGGUCUGUCUGCAGGUCUGCAGGUGAAUUGUGUGCUGAUCCGCUCUUCCACAGUCAAACCACUCGCGGGUGGUGGUGUUUUCAGCCGAUCACAGAGGGUGGAGCCUCGGAUGUUGAGCAGCGCCUGUUACAAGAGUUACUGCACAAUUUAGAAAGGACGAUGCUGAGACUUGGGCGUCUGCGAUGCUGACGCACGCCACCUUUCACAGCACAAUUAUUCCAGACUCUAAUAAACUUAGGACAGAGUGACCAAAGCGGUGAGAAGCGAGCGUGUGACGCCCUGAGAACAGCUCCUGUCUGUGGCCGCUGCUGCUGUUUGUUCAGCGACACGGCUCCGAGGGCCUUCCACUCAGCCUGUGUUUGUUUGCAGCAGCUGCCACUUGUUGCUCGUGUGAGUUUAACCACGGAGCAGCUUCUACGUGGACAUUUUAUUUCUUUAUCUUUUGCCCGUUUGAAUGUUGGCUGUUGACCCUGAGUUCAUUUACUGAAACCACCGGCUGAGGCUGCUCUGCUGCCUCCUACUCCACCGUCCACGGUUGGCGGCACGGUCACAUGACUCUGUGACGCGACACUAAGUACAUAAGCUGAUUGUGCAGUGGGGAUAUCAUGCAAUCCAUCACAUUUCACUUCAAGCCGUCGUGCGUGUGUACUGCAGAGUCCAGCGGCUGAACGUGUGCACGGUUCGGUCUCUUCCUGCUCCAUAGGUGAUGCAUCCAGACCAACUGUUUCUGACCUCCUCUCCAUGGCUGAUGUUUUUGUGAGUAAACACUGUGAGUGGACACUGCAAACACACGCCGGUGAGAGUUAACCCUUCAUGAAUCAGUGCUGCUCAAUGGGCUCCUGGCGACACCGAUGCUCCGUGUAUCUAUAAAUUCCCAUUCUUUACAUUCUCAUAUGCUUCUCUGCUCUCGCUUCACUUUCAGCCACAUGGAAGCUGUUCACGCAUCUUUUCCACUUUCUCCCUGCGUCCUUCUCAGUUAACAGUGAACCCGGCUGGGUGCGUGGCGGCUGCUGUUCACAGGCAGCAUGUCUUUGCAGCGGCUGCCACAGCGAGCUGCAGGCACAGCGAAGUGGAGAGAGGCUGAGUUGGGCCUCUGAAGCAGUUCUGCCGUCGCUGAGCUAAAUGCAUGGAGAUGCAAAGCGCUGAACCUCGCCGCUCAGGUGUAAGGGAAUGAAUGCUGGUGGUAAAAAACUUAGCAAAGAGAGCAGCUCAUGCAGCCUCAGCUCACGUCAUCAUCAGCAGCAGCAGCACACAGCACCACAUUGUAGCAUUAGCCACAUUAGCAUCCUUCUUAAUUUGAGGUGUUUCAACCCAGACGUCUUGUCUAAACAGCACCCUUUGUAUUUUAUACAGUUUCUUUUUUUUCACACAUGCAGCAGGUUGAUGACCUAAUGGGUUUAUUAAUGAAUCCAUAAUCUAGAUGCUGGUCAGGACGAGCUGUUGCCAUAGGUUAGCUGGCUGGAUGAUUAUUAACUGCAUCAACUGUUUUCAUAAAAAGUCUUGUUUAGAGCCAAACCUUUUCAAAUAGGGUUUGUUGAAAACACUACUAAGGAACUGACUUUUAAUUAAUAUAGUCCAUACACUAAUGAGCAUCAAUGACCAAAUAACUGGCACAGCUAUUUAGGAUGAGCAUUAGUUGUAGCCUACUUCAUGCUUCAGACAGACAACCAUCCAAAUCCUUACAUUCAGGUUUGGAGGCGCAGUGUUUUUGUUACACAACACCAGAGUAACUGGAUCCGCUUGGGAAUGACGUGAAUAGCCCUCAGCACAUGGUGGAUUCUUCUUGGCUUCCAGCUCCAGGGUUAUUUUUGUCAUGGAUGCCAUCAAGGAAAGACUCACACCGGCUCUGGAAGACCCCAUGUGAGACCCCGGACCAGCAUCGACUGGAUGCAACUCUCACUUUAUAUAAGAAAGGAACCUCCCUGUAUGUAAAAUUGUGUAGAUGUUAACCUUCUCGGCCUCACAUGUUUACUUCUCCUAGUAACACACAUAAUGCAAGUGUCAUGUUGCGUUUGGGAAAUAUUUAGAUGGAUAGCAUGACCUUGCCCAUAGGGAGGAGUAGAGGCUCCAGAGGAUACAUUCCAGGUUUCUAAUGGACUCGGCCGGAUGAAACUCACAGCUAUGAACAACCAUUUCCUUGUUUCCAAAUCAAAUCAGAAGGAUGUAAACAGGCAUUCAAAUCAGAUGUGGCCUAAAGGCCCUGACGUGCAGCUGGAUGCCAGUUGAAAGACUGAAAACCAAACAUGACACAAAAACAGGAACAUCUCAGACACUGAGUGCACUCACUCAGUGUGAGCUGCCAGACAGGCGGGCACUUAAAGCACAGGACAAAGAAAAACCUGUGGAAAUGUGUCCCCAUCGUGGAAAGAACUGGUGGAAUGAGCCUGAGUGCUGUCGGCACUGAGCCCAGGUUCAGGCUCAGCGGGCCCAUCAGCGAUCCCGUCAGCGGUCCCAUCGCUCCGUCCAAACCCUGGCUGAGCCACAGAGGGGCUGGUAACAGCUCCAGUCACUUUGUCAUUAAGACUGAUAAUAAUUCAGGUUCAGAGAUGCAGCUGUUCACGCGGCAGCAGGUUUUCCAGGUACAAGGAGACGUUUGGCUGCAGCAGGAGUCGAUCCAAAACAAGUGGACGGAUCCGUUCAGCAGCACAGGCCAAGCUGAAGCUCCCACACUGGAGGUGCCGCUGACUCAUCAAUUUCAAAUAACUGAAAUCAUGAUUUAUUCACAGGAUGAGCCUCAGAAACAAUCAGAACACGUUCAAGUCCUGCUUGUGUGUGUGUGUGUGUGAGAGGGUUGUGGCAGAACCACAACCUUCUUAACGAAGAACCACCAAUAGACUGAAACAAUCGAAACUAAUAUGAACCAACUGUUGAAUGGAAGCAAAUGCUUGGAAGCGAAGCUGCGCUUUCUUAGCAUGAAGACCAUCCAGCCACAGUCGAUGGCUGCUGUGUUUGCAGCUUCUUCACACGAAGAGUCGGAGCCCCUUCCAUUUCACAGUUCACCUGUGUUGCAGUGUCACAUCAUGUGGUUCAUGUGUCCAGCGUCCGUUUCCUGCGGUCUUUGACUCUUCUCAGCCAUGUUGUACCACCUUUAUAUUCUCUAAUUGGUCCCGGCAGGAGCUCAGCCUGGACCGGGCUCAACGUGAGACGCUGCCAGAAGGUUUUAAUGGUGCUAAUGGGCUAGGAAUCGCAGGAACGCAGGACACCUGGCAGCAGGUUGGCACAAAGAUCCUCAGCCUGCUGUCAGAGGGCCAGUGGAACGAUGGACAGGAGCUGGACAGUUGCUCUGCUGCUGUUUAACCUGACUCAGGUUUUUGUGACGGCCAGUUUGGAGGUGAACAAGACGCAGGAGCAGCAGUCGGCCAGCGUGUACCAUGAGUUCGGUCUGACCAGGAACACCAUUGUCACGGCACAGUUUGAGUGCUACCAGAAGAUAAUGAAGGACAACACCGAGAGCAGACAAGAGGCCGUGUGUAAUCGCACGUGGGACGGCUGGCUGUGUUGGGACGAUACCAAGGCCGGAGUCGUCUCGGAGCAGCAUUGUCCAGACUAUUUCCAGGAUUUUGACCCUUCAGAGAUGGUUUCAAAGAUUUGCACCGACAGCGGUCAGUGGUUCCAGCAUCCGGAGAGCAACCGGACGUGGAGCAACUACACGCUCUGCACUGAGCACACCACGGAGAGAAGAGUGACCGCGAUAAAUCUAUUCUACUUAGCCCUCAUAGGACAUGGGCUGUCUCUGACCUCGCUCAUCAUCUCGCUUGGAAUCUUCUUCCAUUUCAAGAGUCUAAGCUGCCAGAGGAUCACACUCCAUAAAAACCUCUUCUUCUCGUUCGUCUUAAACUCUGUGGUCACCAUCAUCUUGUUGACGGCAGUGGCCAACAACCAGGAGCUGGUGCAGAGCAACCCAACGAGCUGCAAAGUGUCCCAGUUCAUACAUCUCUACCUGUUCUGCUGCAACUACUUCUGGAUGCUGUGCGAGGGGAUCUACCUGCACACGCUCAUUGUGGUGGCUGUGUUUGCUGAGAAGCAGCACCUGAUGUGGUACUACCUCCUGGGCUGGGGCUUCCCUCUGCUUCCGGCUUCCAUCCAUGCGAUUGCUAGAAGCUACUACUACAACGACAACUGCUGGAUCAGCUCCAAAACAUCGCUGCUCUACAUCAUCCACGGCCCCAUCUGUGCUGCUCUCGUGGUCAACCUAUUCUUCCUGCUGAACAUCGUCCGCGUGCUCAUCACCAAACUGAAGGUGACCCAUCAGGCCGAGUCAAGUCUUUACAUGAAGGCAGUCAGAGCCACUCUUAUCCUGGUGCCUCUUCUGGGGAUUCAGUACGUCCUGCUCCCCUACCACCCCUCCGGACGGGUCUCCUCCGAGAUAUACGACUACAUCAUGCACAUACUAAUGCAUUACCAGGGUCUGCUGGUGGCCACCAUCUUCUGCUUUUUCAACGGAGAAGUCCAAGCGGUUUUGCGGAGGCACUGGAACCAGUAUCAGAUCCAGUUCGGCAGCAGCGUGGGAAACCACUCGGACGCCAUGCGCUCGGCCUCCUACACGGCUUCCUCCAUCACCGAGGUCCAGGGCUGCUACAGCAUCGACAGUAACACGGAGCACAUGAACGGCAAGGGCUGGUCCGACGCCGACGUGUCGGUCCUGAAGUCAGACGGCCCGUUUGCCUGAGGCCACAGUGAGGUCUGCAGCGCGUGGAGGUCCAUGGCCCCAGGACAUCACCGCCCCCAACCCCCCCCUCCGUUCGCGGCCCUGCAGGACGGACCCUCACCCUUUAACCAUGCUGGGAGUGGGGGCUUCAUGUGCUAGUGUCUACAACUGAUCCACUUCACUUGGACUGGGACGCAAUCUCCCCAAAUUUUUCCUUUUAAAUGGAUUCAUUUUGCCCCUUUGCGAGCCGGAGACGCGCUGGGCACAAACAGACUUAGCGAGAGCCAAAUCCUGCCUCCGUUGGUUUUUCUAUUUCCGCACAGAACCUUGGUGACAUAUUAAGGUUACGUUAGUGUUUCACAUUCUAGUUUAGCGGUGACAACAGAAGAGUCCGUGCAGCUACUGUAUCCACUGACUGUCUUUCUCUCAACAACCAGCUUCACACACACAGCUGUCCUUCAGUCAUUUGCUGAGUUUGUGCCGAUGUGCAGUAAAUGCUGAUGAUUUUCCAGAAGCCAUGAGUGUGUUCAAGUGGACAUUUAAACCCAUGCCAGGCUGUAACUGAGGCCAUCACCACCUCACACGUGCUCCAACCCUUGAAUGUACCAGUUACGUUCAAAGACCUGGCUCCGUGAACACAACGCCAUCACAUUCCCAUCAGCCUUACGAUUCAGAGACAAAAGGAAGCGACACACAACCAGCAGGAGUCCAUGUCCUUCCACGUGAACAGGCCUCAAACCAAGCUGUGCAACAUCACGGAGCAGAGCGGUUCUCUGUGAAGCAUUUACAUUUAGCUGAAGCUGUGUCGUCGUUCGUUCAAACCUUCACUGUUGCAUUUUAAAUGAUGGCUACACAUGGUCCACGCGCUAGAACAUGAGUAGCUGGAACCUGGUGUAAAUAUUUUUCUGAACAGAGGAGUCCAACGCGUGAAUGUGGGUGUUUGUACAUAUGUGUGAGCAUGAUUUUCAAUAAACGUGGACUGUAUUUAUGAGGACAUCAUAGUUAGAAGCAUUCAACCAAGUGGCUGGUGUGUGUGUGUGUGUGUGUGUGUGUGUGUGUGUGUGUGUGUGUGUGUGUGUGUGUGUGUGUGUGUGUGUGUGUGUGUGUGUGUGUGUGUGCACGCGUGUGCGCGUGUGCGUGUGCGUGUGUGUGUGUGUGUGUGUGUGUGUGUGUGUGUGUGUGUGUGUGUGUGUGUGUGUGUGUGUGUGUGUGUGUGUGGAACACUGGUAAAUGAGCUGUUUGUUGUACUUGUGUGAUUUAACAAGGGGGUCAGUUAUUACUGCAUCACUUGUCACCGCUGCGUGCGUGCGUGCGUGCGUGCGUGCAACUAUUAUUCCACUGGACAGUGUUAAUGACAAAUGUGUAGAUUGUGUUCCACGUCCAGACAUUUUCAGAUGAAUCAUUAGUUUUCAUAAAUCUAUUGUAGACAUCCAGCAGCAACCACAACUCAUUACAUAUGCAGUGUGUGAUGUAUGAUUAUAGUGAGACUGAGAACCAGCUCCUGAACACAUCAUGUCUUCGUUUCUGUUCACGUGUACUGUAUUUGACUGCUGUUUGAAUGUAAAUGCUGGUUUUAUUCUCUGGAUGUAAAUACAUAUUAUAUAUAUAGACUCAUAUUUACGUA